AUGGAGUACAUGCGCAAAAACUCUGCAAGGCCGAACCGACUUCUCUUCUUCUUCAACAUUUCUAUAUCAAUCAGCACCAGUCAAAAACCCUGCAAAAGCCCCUAUUUUCUGUUCCAAGAAAAACCACAUGGCGUCUUCGCUCUUCUUAAACCAACCCCAACCCCCUUAUCUCCCACCACUCUCUCCCUAAAACCCUACUCUCUCUCUUCCAUUCCCACCACCAUCUCCACCACCUUCUAUUUCAGAGCGAAAUGCUCUCUCUCUCGCCGCCUCGACUACAUUCCCAACCGCAUCUCCGAUGAUUCCUUCGUCCGCAUCUUCGAUACCACCCUUUGCGACGGCGAACAAUCCCCCGGCGCCACCAUGACCUCCAAAGAGAAGCUCGACGUGGCCCGGCAGCUCACCCGCCUCGGCGUCGACAUCAUCGAGGCCGGAUUCCCUGCCUCCUCACGCGACGACCUCGAAGUCGUCAAGAUGAUCGCCCAUGAGGUCGGGAACACCAUAGACGAUGAUGGCCGUGUGCCUGUCAUCUGCGGCCUGGCCAGGUGUAAUAAGACCGAUAUAAAUGCGGCAUGGGAGGCUGUAAGGCAUGCCAAGUUUCCAAGGAUCCACACGUUUAACGAGAUCCAUUUGCAGUAUAAACUGCGGAAGACGAGGGAGGAGGUGGUCGCAAUCGCGUGGGAGGAUGCGGAUUGUUAUUAA